UGAAUUUUAGGUUGGAAACUCUAUUGGAGGCGUCAGUGCAUAAAUACGCUCACCUUGCCUCUCCAAUUCUGUUAAAGUUUUUUACUCUUCAUUUUAUUUGUAUGUUGUAUUAUUAAUUUAAUUAUUCUCUCCUAGUUCAAUUAUCAAUUACUGUAAUAUUGUGGAGAAAUAUAAAUUAUGGAUUUCGAAGAUGCCCACACGAGACAGUCUCGAGUGAAAGACGAGAUUGGAUCCCAAUGUCAGAGGUUGUUUCAAAGUUUCCUAGAAGAGUACAAGGAGGACGAUGAAGUCAAGUAUUUAGAGCCGGCGAAGGAGCUUGUUAGCCCUGAACGGAGUACUCUGGUUGUUUCUUUUGAUGAUAUUGAGCGAUACAACCAAGCACUUGCGACAACAAUCGUCGAAGAAUAUUACAGAAUUUACCCCUACCUCUGCCAAGCAGUCUGCAACUUCGUGAAAGACGCAGGGGAAUUGAAAAAAGUCAAAGAGUGCUACGUGAGUCUCGUUGAAGUUCCAACCAGACACAAACUCCGAGAAUUAACGACCUCAAAAAUAGGAGCACUCAUUCGCAUAUCAGGACAAGUGGUUAGAACUCACCCAGUGCACCCAGAGUUAGUGUCUGGAACAUUCAUCUGUGUCGACUGCAAUGCUGUUAUAAAAAACAUUGAACAGCAAUUCAAAUUCACAAAUCCCACAAUAUGCAACAACCCAGUUUGCCUCAACCGUAGAAGAUUCGUUUUAGAUGUAGACAAUUCCAUAUUCGUUGAUUUUCAAAAAGUGAGAAUCCAGGAAACUCAAUCUGAACUACCUCGAGGAUGUAUUCCCCGUUCUCUUGAAAUUAUUUUACGAGCUGAGGCUGUUGAGACGGUGCAGGCAGGAGACAGAUAUGACUUCACGGGCACUUUAAUAGUCGUGCCUGACGUGGGAGCCCUUGCAUUGCCCGGCACAAAAGCGAAUAUCAAUUCGCGGCAUAAGGCUGGGGAUCAAAAUGAGGGUGUCAAGGGGCUGAAGGCUCUCGGGGUUCGAGAGUUGAAUUAUCGUCUGUCAUUCCUCGCAUGCAGUGUAACUGCGACCAGUCUAAGGUUUGGAGGAACCGAAAUGGCAAUGGAGGAAAUCUCCCAAGAGAUGAUGAAACGCCAAAUGACCGAAUCCGAAUGGAAUAAAGUCUACGAGAUGUCUCGAGACAAGAAUCUCUACGCCAACCUCGUUGACAGUCUUUUUCCCUCAAUCCACGGAAACGAUGAAGUAAAAAAAGGCAUUAUUUUAAUGCUUUUCGGAGGUGUUCCGAAGACCACCCUAGAGGGCACGAAUCUUCGAGGAGACAUAAAUUGUUGUAUAGUGGGUGAUCCCAGUACUGCUAAAUCCCAAUUCCUAAAGCAAGUCGCUGACAUCUCUCCCAGAGCAGUCUAUACCUCGGGAAAAGCCUCUUCAGCAGCUGGAUUGACAGCAGCUGUCGUUCGAGACGAGGAGUCAGGAGAUUUUGUCAUCGAAGCUGGUGCACUGAUGCUUGCUGAUAACGGAAUCUGUUGCAUUGACGAGUUCGAUAAGAUGGAUCCUAAGGAUCAGGUGGCUAUUCACGAAGCAAUGGAACAGCAGACCAUAUCAAUAGCCAAAGCCGGUGUGCGAGCUACACUCAACGCAAGGACUUCCAUUCUAGCAGCUGCUAAUCCCAUUGGCAGCAGAUACGACCGGACCAAAACACUACAGCAAAAUGUUAUGUUGACAGCUCCCAUCAUGUCUCGUUUUGAUCUAUUCUUUAUUCUGGUUGAUGAGUGCAAUGAGGUAGUAGACAAUGCCAUCGCCAAAAAAAUUGUCGAUCUCCACAGCAACACUAUGCUAAUAAUGGGGGCUAUUUACGAUCAGCCCGAGAUUCUGAGAUACAUAAACUUUGCGAAGCAUUUUAAGCCCUCCAUAAAUCCUGAUGCUGCAGAGCUCCUGACGGAGAGCUACACUGUCUUAAGACAGAGAGAGGGGGUGGGGAGUGGAAAGUCCACGUGGAGGGUCACUGUGAGACAACUGGAGAGCCUGAUCAGACUCUCUGAGGCACUUGCUAAACUGGAGUGUGCGGAUAAAGUCACUGUGAAGCAUGUUAAGGAGGCGAGGAGACUAUUGAGCAAGAGUAUUGUCAGGGUAGAGCAGCCUGAUAUUGACUUAGAAGACCAGCCUGGAAAAGCCGACGAUAUCGAUAUGAGAGAUGCACCUCCAUUGAUGGAGGCUUUGAACGCCCUGGGAGAUCAAACCAAAGAACAGGGUGAUAUGGAGGAGGAGCUCGAGGAGGAAGAAAUUCCUAAGAAAAAACUUACAAUGUCGUUUGAGCAGUACAAGAGUCUCACCAAUAUGCUGGUGCUUUAUAUGAGGAAUAAAGAAAAUAAUACCGAGGAUGAGGAUGAGGCAGGGAUCAGAAAAUCAGAGUUAGUUGCUUGGUAUUUGGAUCAAAUUCAGGAUCAAAUUGACUCGGAGGAGGAGUUGCUGGAGAGAAAAGCUUUAGUGGAGAAAAUUAUUGAUCGCUUGACUUAUACGGACAAUAUUUUCAUCACCCUCGCCAAUCGUGAAUUGGGAGAAGCAAAAGGGGAACAUGAAGAGGAUCCCCUCCUCGUGGUUCAUCCAAACUACGUCCUCGACAUCUAAUUAUUCAUUGGAAAUAUCAAUGGCCUGCUUUCUGUACUGGAAAUGAACAACUGCAAUAGCUAAAUUUUGAUCUGGGGACAUAAUGACCUACUGAUUCGUCUACUGAAAAUAUAUUUUAUCCAAGGAAUACUGACUGACAGGCCCGGCAGUAGUUUGCACCGGCUACACCUCAUGAAAAUACUGUAAAUUAAUUUACCAUCGCACACACAUCACAUGGAUCUCUGAAUGGAAAUAUUGAAUCCUGUUAAUUUUUGCAUUCUUCAGUAAAAAUAAUAAAAAUAUGGGAAAAAAUUGAAUUUAUUCCCCACCACCAACAA